AUGAGGGAAUUAAAACCUAAAUUUUGGAAACUUCGACAAUUAUCCUCAUCUGAUGAAAUAAUGUUUAAUUUAAUUAGUGGUUCAGUUUUUCUACGUUUUCUUUAUCCAGCUAUUUUAUCACCAAAUCUAUUUGGUCUAACUCAAGAAUAUCCACAUGAAAAAUCAUCAAGAAAAUUAACAUUAAUUGAGAAAACAUUACAAACAAUAGCCAAUUUUUCUAAGUUAGUUUCUUAUUACUAUUCAAAUAAUUUAUCUAAAAAUCUUUAUUUUAUUCUAUGCCGAGAAUAUUCAAUCCUUCAUUCCACUCUUGCUCAUCUAUUCGAACAAAUUGAUUUAAAUACUCGUCCAACAUUAAAUGAAUUAACAAAUAUAAAACUAUUUUAUUCAACAACACAAAAAUGGUACACAGAGAUAUCAACAUCAUCAUCAUUAUCAGAAUAUUUUUAUAAUCGCUUAGAUAAAUAA